AUGAGGAAAAGUGUUCGAGAGAAACAAACAGCACACGUUUCGAUUUACAGUUUAAUUGACAACAAUAAUUACGACGAACAAGGAACUUCACGGUUUAAACAAAUUACAAUUGCCGUAACAAGGCAGUUAAAGAGGAGACGGUGUUGUUUGGAAGGCGAUAGAAAGGAAAGGAGAGAAGAGGAGGAAAAUGAGGUUUUGAGGAGUUUGAGGAAGGACUGGGCGCUGGAGUUUCUAGCGGAGGAGAAAGAAGUAGUACUAGCAGUGGCGGUAAAGGAGAGGAAAAAGCUAGAGAAGGAGGAAGAAAGAGAAGAAGAGAAAGAAGGAGAGAGAAUGGAGACGGAGGAAUGUAAGAAAAGGAUGAGAGAAGCGGAAACGGAAGAAGAACAGCACGAGGAUGAGAGGAAGAGAAGAGGGGCAGAAAGGGUAGGAAAGGUUAGGAUAGUGGAAAAUAGGGAACUGACCAACCAGGAGCGAGAACGACUGGUGAUUGGAGAGGGUACCACGGUUAAGUUGGUAAGCGUGGAAGCGCCAACGCUGGUGGCGCUGAACGGUAAGAAGCGGGAGCGUGGGGAACUGCGCGACGACGCCACAGAAAUCGGCCAUUGUGAUACAGAGUGCGUUGUAGAAAGGUCGAUCGAAACAAAGGAAGGCGAAACAGUGAAAGACGUUUAUACGAAGGAAGUGCGAGAGGACGCUUUAGGUAGUACAGUAUUGAUUCGUAAUAAGCAACUCGCUCGGGUUUGUUAUAAGAGGGAUAGUAAAGACAAUGUUAGUAGUAUAGAAAAUAAGAAACAAGUAGAUAAUAGUAAUAGGAUAAUAGAGGACAAAAGGGAUGGGGAAGAACACAUGGCAAACACAAAGACGGCGGGUAAAGAAGAGAUUAAUAGGAGAAUAGUAAAUGGUAGGGAGUGGAAGUUAGAGUUAUAUGGAGACGAAGUAAAAUGGGACGAAUACGUGGUAUGCGUUGCGUUAAAAAAUAAGAUAAGUAGAUCCAAAAGAAACAAUCUUAUAAAGAUUUAUAGAUUGGUUCAAGGGGCUGGGGUUAAAAUACACACUAUCAGGAUGGUUGGUUGUAACAGGGCAGAAAUAUCUACGAAGAAGAGGGAGGAGGCAAACGGCUUGUUGAAGAAGUAUAGCAAGAAAGAAGGACCGGUGACGACUUUUUUGCCGAGAAGAAUGGCGUACCGAAGGGGUAUAAUAUACGAGUGGGAAGACUCGGUCGAGGAGCUACAGGAGGAGGCGAUGCCGGGACAGGGAGUUUUCACGUUAGAAAGGAUGAAGAAAAGGAGAGUGGUGGAUGGAAAGGUGACAUAUCAGGUGAUGAAAACAAUAAUGAUCACUUUUAAAGGUAGCAUAUUGCCGACAAGACUAUUGAUAGGACAGGGACACAUAGACAUAAAAAUUGAACCAUAUGUGGAACCGGUUAAACAAUGCUAUAAGUGCCUUAAAUUCGGACAUUACCAGGCGGCAUGUAGGGAGGAAGAUAAUAGGUGUGCGAUAUAUGGGGACAAGUAUCAUAGGGCGUGUGAUAAAAAACUAAAGUGUGUUAACUGUGGAGGGGAUCACGGUUCGCUUGCCAGGAUGUGCUGGGUGUGGCAGCGCGAAGCUGCUAUAAGGAAGGUAAUAGCGUCCAAGAAUGUCGAAUUUGAGACUGCAAGGGGAAUAGUGGCGAGAUCAGCGGGAGAGAGAGAGACGGAUAUAGUGGGAGGAGUAGAAGAAGUGGCUGGAAGUAGCGGAGAUUUUCCAGCACUGAUUGUGAAGGAAAAGAGGGAGUUCUGGGAGAAAAAAGAAGUUCCGAUCCAGAGAGAGUUAGAAUUGAUGAGAAGAUUAAGAUAUGGGAACGGGAGAGAAAACGAAAGAUUUAGGGGCCAGAGAGGGCAAGGGGCAUCGUUUAGUGAAGUAGCGAGAAGGGGACUAAACGAGCAGGAAGGAGAAGGAGGGAAAGAAAGAAGAGGAAAUGAAGAGGAAGGAUCAGGAGGAGAAGCACAGGCAGGAGAGAAGGAUGGUGAAGGAGAUUGGAGACUGGUGAAGAGGGGAGAAAAACCCCCACCCCCGUGUUUCAAAGAGAAAAUUGACAAAGUCUUGUCAAAAAACAGGUAUUUAUGCCUGGAAUGUAAAGAAAAGACAGAGAAAGCGAAGAAGGAAGGGGAAGGGGGAAUACAAAUUCUGAAAAGAAUACCGCUCCCUCAUCUGUUGGCGGGGGAGGAACCCGAAGGUGAAUGCGAAUAUGAAAAACUGAAUUUUGCACUGAAUAAGAACGAGAUGGAAAAGGAGAGGAGGAGGAUAAGGAGGGAGAAGGAGAUGAAUAGGGAGUGGUUAGCAGAGCUUGAGAAGAGGAAAGAGGAUGAAAUCUUGGAGGAGGUUAUAAAGAUGUUAAACGAGAAGAACUUGGGAGGAAAAUUCCAUGAAAUAAUUAGGACAAGGAAAUACAGAGCAAAGAGGACAGUGAUGUUUGAUCCGAAUGAGGAUUGGGAUGCAGUAACUACCCCCCCUUUUGAGAUGUAUGUGGAUUCAAGAACGAGGGAAAAAAUGGAAAGAAAGGCGGAAAAAGAGAGGGAGAAGUUAAGAGAGAAGAGAGAGAUAGAGGAAAAGGUAGAAAGAAUGAGGGAAGAGGAUAUAGAAAGGAGGAAUAGAAUACGGGAGAGAAGAAGAGAGGAAGAACAAGAGAGAGAAAGAGAAAGGAGGAGGGUGGAAGAAGGUGCAGAUAAUGGAAGGAAGGAAGAAGACGAAGAGAGAUGA